AUGGCACGGCCGGACGACCCCGUCUGCGCCGGGAGGCAGCAUCGGCGCUCCGAAGCAGACUGCACGCCAAUCCUCGCUGCUUUUCAGGAUCGCCUGACGCGCGAUGACAGCAAGCUGGACGAGACUCGCUGCGAUUCUGUACCAGUGCUCGACAUGAGCUGCACGCGCGGCAAGCAAAACGUGAUGUGCACGCCAGUCUCAGAGCCGCUGACAGCCCAGCGGAGGAGCCGACGACGCUGUCACGCUUCACAGCCGGUUGGUGCAGCAGCUGCGGAAAACAUCGCGCGUCGGUGCUCGGAGUUGCGUCGACGACAGCGGCAACUCUCCGACGCGACUCCAUUGGAAUCAAAGGGCAGGCAGGUCAAGUCGAGCAAAAAGAACAGCAGCAACUCUCGGCGCCUGUUGCAGAUUCAAGCGCAUCCACCAAAGCACGCUCGUUGGGGUCGCUCCGACAUCUUUGAAGGUCUGGAGCAGAUCGGAGGAAGAGAAGUUGGAGAGGGGGAAGCGCGACAGGAGCCACCAGCUGUGACCACCAACAAACACAGCUGGCAGCGCUUGCAGGCGGCCAGCCAAGCUCGCCCGCUCGCCCGCUCGCUGCAGUCGGACCUGAAAUUCGAACUGCGCCGUCGAGAUGCAGGCACCUGA